AUGGAGGAUCCCUUCGGACCCUCGACUCUGCCGCCGGCGCCUAAUCUCUCCGUACCCAGCUCGUUGGGCUGGGGUCUCAACCUGACUUCGGGGCAGGGAGCUCCCGCCCCGGGGACGCCACCGCCGCCUCCCGCCGCGCCCCCGGCCGCCCGCCCCUGGCCCGGGGAGCGUCGCUGCCGAGGCAUCUUCGCGCCCCUGCCGCGCUGGCACCUGCAGGUCUACGCGCUCUACGAGGCUGUCGCGGGCUUCGUGGCGCCGGUCGCGGUCAUGAGCGUCGCUUGUGGCCGCCUGCUGUGUGUGUGGUGGCGGCGCCGAGCCCCCGCGCACAGCGCGCUGUCCCGCGCCAAGGUGCAGAGCCUGAAGAUGAGCCUGGUGCUGGCGCUGCUGUUCGCGGGCUGCGAGCUGCCCUACUUCGUCGCCCGGCUGGCGGCCGCGUGGUCGCCUGGGCCUGCGGAAGACUGGGAGGGAGAGGGCCUGGCGGCGGCGCUGCGCGUCGUGGCGGUGGCCAACAGCGCUCUCAAUCCCUUCGUCUACCUCUUCUUCCAGGCGGGCGACGGGCGGCUCCGGCGGCAGCUGCGGAGGCGCCUGGGCUCUGUCUGCUGCGCGCGGGAGGGAGUCGCGGAGGACGACGAGGGGGGCGGGGGCCACCAAGCGCUCCACCGCCACCGCUGGCCCCAUCCCCAUUACCACCACGCUCGGCGGGAGCCGCUGGACGAGGGCUGCUUGCGCCCACCCCCGCCGCGCCCCAGACCGCCGCCCUGUUCCUGCGAAAGCGCCUUUUAGGGGCUCGAUGGCCAGAGACGGGUCCUCUGUCGCCACGGCGCGGCCUCCAUGGAACACUAGACCGGCGGGGGUCUGUCUAGAUCACAACGGGCAGGCGAGGAUGACACUGAAGCUGUCCCCUUCCUCCACCCUCCUGUUAUAUUUCCCUCUGAUGUUUACAUUUUACUCUUCCAGUUUCUUUCCCUUCAGUUCGUCUCACAUUUCCCCAUUUGGAGACGUGAGUGAGUCAUUGGGAAGUUGUAAAAACAGUCAAAGUUAACGGAGUUAUUAUUUUUGCAGUCUCUUUCACGCUCGCAUAGUGUUCUGGAUAAGACCAUUUAUUUUAGCUAAAAUGCCAAACUUGCAUUAUUUGCUGCGUUUUUACUUAUUUUGUACCGUGCUUAAAUCAAGU